GUUAAGGGAGAAAUCCAACCGUUGGAUUCAGCAGAUCUGUGGGAAGAAGAAGAAGAAACAAACGCCCAAGAGUUUCCUCGUCUAACGUAAAAACCAGAAAUCAAAAAAUGAGGUAGGAGAGAUGGAUGACAUGUGGAUCAUAAGCAUUUCGUCGAGCACGUUGCGAGCAUCUCCCCAGCCGAUUUGAUUCUCUUGUGGGAAUCUCAACACGAAGAUUAGAAUCAAAGACAAAACAUAAUAUAUUUUGAUUGAUGAAGCUGUCGGCACAAAGAACCGUAGCCAAUGUUUCUCCCCGUCGCUGAGUAGAUACGAGAUGUCGGGUAAUCUGUAAGUUUCUUUAGAUACACAGAUCUUAGCAUUUGAACGAUCGAUCCCGUAUAGUUAGACAGAUUUCAAAUCGUAUCAGAGAUGUGUUUCGUGGGAUAAUGACAUUCGAAGAUUGAGAAAGAAGGAGCUGCUUUAGAUCAAACGAGUAGGUUCUGUUCCGAUCUUGAUCUCGUUUUUUCAAUUGAUGGCUUCGGCUUCUCAAUACAUGAUGGAGGAUCAAACGGACGACGAGGAUUUCUUCGACAAACUUGUUGAUGAUUCCUAUUCUCCCAGCCAAGCUCAGGCUCAGGCUCAGGCUUCAUCUUCUGCUAAGCAGCUGACAUUCGACGACGGUAGUGACUCAGAUGACGUCAGAGCUUUUUCGAAUCUCUCUGUUGCUAACGGUUCUGUGGGUGAUGGAGAUGGAACAUUGAAGGAAGCAGACCCGGGGAACGAUGUUGCAAAGGAAGGCUCAAGUAAAGAAGAGCCUUCAUCGGAAGAAGAUGUCGUCCACAGUGAUGCAAAUAAGUUAAGUGAUGAUGUGGUGAGAUCGGAGGUGGAUGAUGUGCCACUGUCUGAAACAGCUAAAGAAAGCAAGGUAGUUAAUGAGCCCGGGACUCAUGGGGUUAAGGAGAUUGAUUGGGGUGCGUUUGCUGCAGAUUCUUCAGUAAAUGACGGUCGUGGGUUUGGUUCUUACUCUGAUUUCUUCACUGAGUUUGACGGACAGUUACAAGGAAAGGCGGAGGUUGAUGUGGUCGCUGGAGGAAACUUAGCAGCAUCUAACGAUACGAACAACACAAGCGUUGUUGCCUCGGCAGGUUUCGAGCAACAUCAGGGUGAAAUGCUUCAGGAUUCUACAAGUGGGCAGUACGUGGAUAAUAGUCAAUCUUGGGAAAAUAUGUAUCCUGGAUGGAAAUAUGAUGCAAAUACUGGCCAAUGGUAUCAAGUUGAUGCAAGCAUUAAUUCACAGGGGAGCUACGGAAACUCAGCAAAUAACUGGGAAGCCGUUGCUUCUACUGAUGACUCAACAUCUGCAGUGGCUGGUACAGCUUGGAACCAGGUUUCACAAGUGGUCAAUGGAUAUCCAGAACACAUGGUCUUUGACGCGCAGUAUCCAGGGUGGUACUAUGACACAAUCGCUCAAGAAUGGCGUUCCCUGGACAGCUACAACCAGGCUUCUCAAACAGCUGGAGCUGGUCAAGCUCUUGAUCAGCAAGUUCAGAAUGGUCAUUCUCUUACAGCCAUGUAUCACAGUAAUACUGAGAAUAGCAUGUAUAAUGUGAAUGAUACAAAACAAACAUUCAAAGGCCAAGAAUUUGGUAUACAGAGCCAACAAGGAAGCUGGGACCAAUCUUACUAUGCCAACAAUCAGCAGGCUACGAAAGCAUGGCAAUCAGAAAAUGGAGGUCAGGCUGAGGCGGCUGCCUCGUUACCAAACUUCGGAGGAAACCAGCAAGUAAAUAAUUUGUACAGGACAGGAUCUGUGGCUGAACAGUUUAAGCCAAAUGAGAUUGGAGUUCAAGGCUUCAUCCCUCAGCAUAUGAAUGUGGCUAGUGUCACGCAAAAUGGACCACUGAGUUUCUCAAACGAUUUCUAUAAUGGACAGCAGCAAUACGUAGAUGACGUUCAGUCAUUUCAGAGCAAUCAGCUUUUCUCUCCAAGUGCAGGAAGAUCACCUGAUGGGCGUCCACCACAUGCACUUGUCAAUUUUGGAUUUGGAGGAAAGCUCAUUGUUGUGAAGGAUGAUAAUGGCUCACUCCAGAAUUCAUCGUUUGGGAGUCAGAAAGGAACUGGUGGAAGCUAUAUCUCUCUCUUAAACUUGGCAGAAGUUAUUAGUGGGAGUGCCUCUUAUUCAAGUGCUGGGGACAACUCGUUGAGUUACUUCAGUUGUCUGAAUCAACAAUCUCUUCCAGGUCCCUUGGUUGGAGGGAAUGUUGGAAAUAAAGACUUGCAUAAGUGGCUUGAUGAGAGAAUUAUGAAUUGUGAAUCUUCCGAUAUGGACUUUUCAAGAGGGAAGCUUUUGAAGAUGCUUCUUUCUUUGCUCAGAAUAUCUUGUCAGUAUUAUGGGAAACUCCGGUCUCCUUUUGGAACUGAUACAACGCAGAAGGAAACGGAUUCUGCCGAGGCAGCAGUCGCUAAACUUUUUGCAUUUGCCAAGAAAGAUGCCGUGCAAAAUGGUUAUGCUCCUUUUAGCCAGUGCUUGCAGCAAUUACCACCUGAAUCACAACUCCAAGCAACUGCUUCAGAGGUGCAGAAUCUUCUGGCUUCUGGUAGGAAAAUGGAAGCUCUCCAAUGUGCACAAGAAGGUCAUUUGUGGGGACCAGCACUUGUUAUUGCGGCACAACUUGGCCAACAGUUCUAUGGUGACACUGUCAAACAAAUGGCCCUUCGCCAACUCGUACCUGGGUCUCCCUUACGGACAUUGUGCCUGCUGGUUGCAGGGCAACCCGCUGAAGUGUUCUCCACUGGAAGUACAGGCGAUCUCAGCUUUCCUGGUUCGCCUCAACAGCAAGCCCAGUUUGGAAGUAGCAGCAUGCUUGACAAUUGGGAAGAAAAUCUGGGUGUAAUAACGGCCAACAGGACCACAGAUGAUGAACUUGUGAUAACUCAUCUUGGAGAUUGCAUGUGGAAAGAAAGAGGCGAGAUAAUUGCAGCGCAUAUUUGCUAUUUGAUCGCGGAUAAGAACUUUGAUCAAUACUCAGAUAGUGCCAGACUUUGUCUUGUCGGAGGGGACCACUGGAAAUAUCCUCGAACAUACGCAAGUCCAGAGGCUAUCCAGAGAACAGAGUUGUAUGAAUACUCUAAGACGCUGGGAAACUCUCAGUUUAUCCUGUUACCUUUUCAACCAUAUAAAGUCAUAUAUGCCCAUAUGCUGGCUGAAGUUGGUAAACUUUCAGCUGCACAGAAGUACUGUCAAGCAGUAUUAAAGUGCCUCAAAACUGGCCGAUCUCCUGAAGCGGACACGUGGAAACAGUGUGUUUCGUCACUAGAAGAGAGAAUCCGUAUCCACCAACAGGGUGGAUAUACUGCGAAUUUGGCCCCAACAAAGCUUGUUGGAAGACUGCUAAACCUUUUUGAUAGCACGGCAAAUCGUGUUGUUGGGGGCAUGCCACCACCUGCACCACAUUCAACAACAGGAAGCCUUCAGGCAAAAGAGUAUCAUCAGCAACAGCAGGAAGCCACUAAGUUACCAUAUAGUCAAUCGGUGAAUACAAUGUCAUCACUGAUGCCACCCGCUUCAAUGGAAUCCUUACAUGAGUCCGGUGGUACCGGGAGGAGAACGGCAGUCCAUACUAGAAGUGUAUCGGAGCCAGAUUUCGGUAGAACGCCAAUACAGGAUCUAGCUGACUCGCCAAAAGAAAAGGUUGAAGGGGUGACAAAGUUGAAAUCAUCUGGGAGUGUGGCAGGUUCCCGGUUUAGUAGAUUUGGUUUUGGCAUGCUGAAGGACACGGUAGGGAGGGUCUUACAAGCUCGGUCAUCAUCGAAAGAGGCAAAAUUGGGCGCAGAAAAUCAAUUCUACUAUGAUGAUAAACUAAAGAGAUGGGUUGAGAAAGGUGUGGAACCCCCAGCCGAGGAAGCUGCACUGCCUCCUCCUCCAAAAUUAGGCACUUACAAAAACAACUCAUUGGGUUAUGAAAACAAAUCUGACAUGAACCAACCUAGUGGAAACUGGAGUUCUGGUGGGCCAACUCCGGCAGAGAAUUCUUCAGGAAUCCCACCAGUCUCACAGAGUUCGAAUCAAUUCUCAGCUCGUGGACGUAUGGGUGUGCGUGCAAGAUACGUUGACACCUUUAAUCAAGGUCGUGGAAACUCUCAGACAAUGUUUCAUUCAUCUUCCAUGCCAUCCCCUAAACCACCAAUCCCUGCAAAAGCAAAAUUCUUCAUCCCAGCAACACCUGCAUCGUCUUCAAACGGCCAUGCAACGGAACCGGCUGCUUCUGAAACAAGACAGGAGGAGAAUUCUGGAGAUGAAGUAGCAGCAUCUUCAGGGGCUCCACCACAAAUGACGAUGCAGAGAUUUCCAAGUAUGAACAACAUCCAAAUGAAUGGAUUGGGAAUAAGCGCCAAUGGGGAUCAUCAUCCUCCUCCUGCUUCCAGAAGAACAGCUUCAUGGAGCGGAAACUUCAACACCUCGUUUACGUCUCCAACUAGUCCAUCAACUUUCAAACCAGUCUUACUAAACGGUAGCAGCAUAGUAGAGGAGCUUCAGGAAGUGGAACUUUAAGUCACCAAGUUCUUGAUCAAUGUUGCAGUUAGGGAAGUUCUCGACACAUGAACCAAUUAAUUCCUUAUUGAUCCAUGAGGAAAAUAGGGAGCCUCCUUCGUCUUCUUCUUCUUCUUCAACGAUAGGGGCAUGCAGUAUAUUGCAGUUAGUAUAGAUGAUUCAUUGCUUCAUUUGAGUUUUGAGAAUGGAACCACAAGUGCAAAAUUAUAGCUUUUAUAAUAAGGUCAAAUCUGACCAAUGUUUUCCUGUAUUUGGUAUUCUUUUUUUUUUUUUUUUUGUGAAGAGAGAGGUAAGGAGGAAUUGCAAAAUGUUUACACAACUUGUAUUAGUCUUUUAAUACAUUCUUUGACCAUUGUUUUUCUUAA